AUGCGCAAGAUAGUAUGGGAACCUAGGAAUAGGACUUUGGAGCAAGGGAGAUCGGAGGAGGGAUUGGUGGAAGCAGUGGUGAAAGGAGGAGGGUUGUUGGGAGAAGGAGGGUUGAAGGGAGAAGAAGGGUUGAAGCAGCAGUUUUCAAAUGGUGGUGAGGAGGAGUUGAGGCGGUUUAUGGUUCAAGAGGUAAACAUCUUGAAAGAUGCAGGGGCGGAGUUUCUUGUCCUGGUGUGUGGUUUCGGGAAAGGCGUUGGGGAGCAGAGUUCGAAUGCGGCUGGUGUUGUGUGGCGGGCACUGCAGUAUGCGACUGGAGGGAUAGUGGAGGAUUUGACAAGAGAGCUGGACACAUUUAUCGACAACACCAGCACCAGUUUUAGCAGCAGCACCGGCAGCAGCAGCAGCGCAAGUAGCAGCAGCAGAAGCAGCAGCAACGCAUCUACCAUCUCCUCCCCUCUCCCAUCCCACAUGCUCACCCCAACCACCUUCGCCACUCCAAGCGAUUCCCGCACCUACUUCACCUCCCUCCUCUCCUCCUCCGUGGAAAAAAUCGCAGUCAAAUCCGGCGCUCUACCCUACAUUCUCUCCCCCGGAUUCGGCGAACACACCGACUGCAUAAUCGGCAUUUCAGCUAAAGGAGGAAGGUCUACUCCUGCCCAUGCUCCCUCCUCUCCUGCCUCUGCUCACUCCCUUCCUGAGUCUGGUGAUUCUUCAGGGUCUUUGGAUAGGGAUGAGCCUUCUCGCUCCGUUCUGAAUGGACUGGAGUGGGAUGAGCCGGCAGUGAUCUCAUUUUUUGGGCCGAGAGGCGAGGUUCGGAGGGUUGUGCCUGUCCUUUGUCCUGUAGCAGGGGAGGCGGUACCUGCCGCGGCACUCGAAAGGGCGAUAAGGGAGGAGGACGUGAGGGGGGGAAGGGUGGUGGUGAUGCGGCAUGGGCGAUUUCAGGAGGGGGAGGUUGAGUGCGUUAGGAAGGUGUUGGGUAGGGUUGGGGCCCGGGGGACGUAUGUGGAGGUUGGGGAGAGCGGGCGGUGCCGGUUGUUUCGAGCACUGCCUCCUUUCUCUGAGUCGAUUCCAUCUGUGGCAACAGCAAGAGAACCAGCAGAAGCAGUAGUACCAGCACCAUCAGAAGCAGCACCAGCAGCAUCAGAAGCAGCACCAGCAGCAUCAGAAGCAGCACCAGCACCAUCAGAAGCAGCACCAGCAGCAUCAGCAGCAGCACCAGCAGCAGCAGCAGCAGCACCAGCAGCAGCAGCAGCACCAGCAGCAGCAGCAGCAGCUGCAGCAGCGGGAGAAGACGUGUAUUUCCCACUCAGCGCCACCAGUGCAGCGUUAGUAGCAUCCUCCAUAGCACGGGGCAUGCCCCAACCCGUAUCAGUGGACAUUCGGGAAAACGACCUGGGGUUGUCAUUACAGCAGGUGGUGACGGUGGUUGCUGGGAUGAGGAGGGUGCAGCAUGGGGCGUUGGGGAAGGCUAAGCUUCCUGGAGCGAUCCACUGGCGCAUGCCCCAGCCCACUUCAGUGGAGAUUCUGGACAAUGACUUGGGCUGUCUGUCGCUGCAGCUGGUGGUGACUUUUGAGGCGCCUCAAAAAGGGGUACGGUGCUUGCCCCAGCUCAUCUCAGUGGAGGUUCCGGACCAUGACUUGGGGGGCUGA